AUGGGAAUUGAUCAUCGUUUCAAUAGCAACAAUAAAAUAGCUGGCCCUGAUUGGCUAAGAGGGUUUUUAUCUCUGCACUCGGAACUGUCAAUUCGCAAACCAGAAGCAAUGAACAUUGCUAGAGCAGUUGGCUUUAAUAAGCCUCAGGUUUCACGAUUUUUUACAGUCUACAAGGACGUUUUGACCAAACACUCAUACAGUCCUCUAAGGGUGUGGAACAUGGAUGAGACUGGCAUAUCUAAUGUUCAAAAGCCUGUCAAGAUAAUCGCUACCAAGGGUGCCCGUGAGGUUGGUAAAAUGACAAGUGGUGAGAGGGGAAAAAACGUAACAGUUAUCUGCGCAUCAAAUGCUGCAGGUAAUUACAUUCCGCCGAUGUUCAUUUUUCCGAGAAAGCGAAUGGUGGAUGCCCUGAUGAAUAGUGCACCUACUGGAUCUACUGGUCACUGCACUGACAAUGGCUGGACUGAUGAUGAACGUUUUCUAAAAUGCUUAAAACACUUUACUUCUGUUGCAAAACCAAAGAAAGAAGAGAAGCAUGUGAUCAUCUUAGAUGGUCACCAUAGUCACAAAACCCUGGCAGCUGUUGAGUACGGUCGUUCAAAUGGCAUAGAAUUGAUAACUCUACCCCCACAUUGUACACAUAAGAUGCAGCCAUUGGACAAAACCUUUUUUAAAGCAUUAAAAAAUGCGUACAACGCUGCAGCAGACAUCUGGACGGUUGCAAACCAAGGAAAAAGGAUCACCUGUUAUGAAGUAGCCGAACUAUUUGCUCUUGCUUACAACAAAACUGCUACAGUAGAGAAAUCAGUCAGUGGUGUCAAGGCAUGUGGACUUUGGCCUUUUAACGACGGCAUCUUUAUGGAUGAAGAUUUCAUAGCUGCACAAUUAACUGAUGAGCCAGAACCACAGCCACAACAAGAAAAAGGAACAAAUUCAAAUCCGCAGCGAGACACGCAAGCAUCAACAUCUAUUGAAACUGCAGCUGUAUCCUCAUCUGCCAUCCCAACUGUCUCCUCAGUCCUGGCUGAGUUAUGCCAGCCCGUCAAGGCAGUAAAACGUACUAGAAAACGAAAAGGCGGAAAAUGA